AUGAAGAGCGCAUAUUUGUUAGCGAUCCUGAUUUUCGGUAUCGUGAAAGCGAGUGAAAUCGAUAAUGAGAAAUCCCCUGAAGAAACGCUGAAGCGUGGUCUGACGAACAAAUGCGUCGCGAGGGAGACCUCUUCGUGCAUCGCCAUCGAGCUGGUGGGCUACGUCGACAGGAUGCUCAGGACUGCCUCCGUCCAGCUCGGCGAGGAUGUCAUGAUUGUUGAUGAGAGCCAUGGCGCCGCAGCAGAGUUCCCGAUCAAGUCAGAAUCUUUGGGCAGAGCCGGUACAUCAUUGGAAGACCAAGCUCAGCAGCUCAUUAUUGACAAGCUGUGGCACUUCGUCAGCUCCAGGUCUCUGAGGUACAGGCUGCUUAACGAUGCCGACCUGGUCAUCUCUGGCAAGCAGGAGAAGGAUGGAAGCCUCGGUGUCGGUGUAUCCAUGAAACCACCAAAAGUGUACGAGAGCGGCAGAGGCCGUCAGAAGCCGUUCGGGCCCGUCCUUGCCCUCGCGGCCCUCAAGUUCGGUCUGUUUGGGGCCCUCACCUUCAAGGUCCUGGCCCUCAUGGUCGGGAAGGCCCUCCUGAUCUCCAAGAUAGCCCUGUUAUUAUCCACGAUCAUCGGACUCAAGAAAUUGUUCUCUUCUCAGGCUAUUGUCAAAAAGGACUAAGUCAAUUGGAUGACUGACACUGAAUGGAGUUAUGGCGAUUCUUACCUCAGACAAUUGACAGAAUGAUGAGGCUUAUUACACGGUUUUUAAUGCUAGGGAAAGCAACAACUUCAGUAAUGAAACACUUGGAGAUAGGGUAGACGAAAGACCCAACAAAGAGGCUAUAAACGAAAGUCUAGCUGAAACAUGUAGAACUCACGAGAGGGUUGACAAAAAUGAUGUAUUUGAAGAUAUCAAUGAUUGUGAUUCUUCAAUUGCUUCGCUACAGUCGGGUAAAUAAGCCAAAGAUGAUUAAAACACUCAGAAGAAUCUUGAAGUGUUGUCUAUCAACAAGAAUUUGGUGAUAAUACUGAAAUUUUUAAAGUACCACUAACAGCUAUUGAUGG